GGUCGCCACCGUACCUCAAACUGAAACUCUUCUCUUUCGUUUUUGUGCAAGAACACAGUGUAAGAAAAUCUAGGGUUUUACGUUUGCUUCUGCAUCUACCAAAAUGACCAAGUUCAGGAAGCUGGGUCGACCCACCGGUCACCGAAUGUCCAUGCUCAGAACCAUGGUCUCGCAGUUGGUGAAGCAUGAGCGUAUCGAAACUACUGUUGCCAAGGCUAAGGAGGUUAGAAGGCUGGCAGAUAAUAUGGUACAGCUUGGAAAAGAGGGAUCUGUAUGUGCUGCAAGGCGUGCUGCUAGUUUUGUGCGAGGAGACGAUGUCAUUCACAAGCUGUUUACAGAACUGGCUUAUCGUUACAAGGAUAGAGCUGGUGGAUACACCAGGUUGCUUCGGACUCGUAUUCGAGUUGGUGAUGCUGCACCAAUGGCCUAUAUUGAGUUCAUUGAUCGAGAUAAUGAGCUUAGGCAAUCAAAGCCACCAACUCCUCAACCACCUCAGAGAGCACCCCUCGAUCCGUGGACACGAUCUCGUCUCACCAGGCAGUUUGCACCUCCCAAAGUGGAAAAAUCUGAUUCUGAUAUCUGAUUCAUUCAAAUGUAUUGCAGAAACUACAUGUUUUUGUCCCCAUAGCUUGAGAUAUCUGAAUUUUGGCUUUGCUUAUUUUAUAAAUCUCCUCAUUGCUUGCAAUAAUAAAAAUCAUUAUAUAUCUACUAUAGAGAAAUGUUCUAGAACAAAUCAUUUCACUGAAACCGCAAACGAUCAGGGAAACUAAAAAUCUAAUAGCUUCGUGUGUACAUGAUUACAUGUUUAAUUUAGAAUUACCGAUGUAAUUACAUCUCAAAACCGUUACAAUGGUGAAUGUUUAAAUUUAAACAA